AUGGCGGCUCCCACUAGCGAGAUUGAAGUGGUCACUGCGAAAAAACCUAAAGUGGCCUUGCAGUUGCCUGAGGGUCUGCAGAUGUUUGCCUGUGUGAUCGCUGACAUCAUUGAGAGAUUCACAGAGGCGGACACACUAGUGAUGGGAGAUGUGACAUAUGGGGCCUGCUGCGUGGACGACUUCACUGCCCGCGCUUUAGGAGCCGACUUCAUGGUGCAUUAUGGGCACAGUUGUCUCAUCCCCAUAGACUCAACUGAGGGCAUCAAGAUGCUGUACGUGUUUGUGGACAUCCAGAUUGACACUGCCCACUUCCUGGACACACUCAGGUUCAACUUUCCCCCUGGCCACUCACUCGCCCUUGUCAGCACCAUCCAGUUUGUGGCUGCUUUACAGGCAGCCAGUGCAGAGCUGAAGCCAGAUUACGAGGUGUUGGUACCUCAGUGUCGGCCACUUUCUCCUGGGGAGAUCCUCGGAUGCACCUCACCUCGUCUGGAGAAGCAAGUCAAUGCCAUCAUAUAUCUUGGGGAUGGAAGGUUUCAUUUGGAAUCCAUCAUGAUUGCCAACCCAGAUAUACCUGCCUACAGGUAUGACCCAUACAGUAAAGUGUUUUCUCAAGAGUAUUAUGACCAUGAGACAAUGCGAGCCACCAGAUUGCAGGCCAUAGAGAGAGCCCGCUCAGCCCAGAGAUGGGGCCUCAUCCUAGGCACCCUUGGCCGUCAGGGCAACCCCAAAAUCUUGGAGCACUUAGAGUCUCGGCUGGAGUCUUUGGGCCGUUCAUUCACGCGUGUGCUCCUGUCUGAGAUCUUCCCCGGCAAGCUGGAGCUCCUGGCAGACGUAGAUGCGUGGGUGCAGAUCGCUUGUCCUCGCCUCUCCAUCGACUGGGGAACGGCUUUCUCCAAACCCUUGCUGUCUCCAUAUGAGGCAGCAGUAGCUCUGCAGCAGGUGGAAUGGCAGGAGGUGUAUCCUAUGGACUUCUAUUCCAAUCAGAGCCUGGGAGCCUGGACUCCUAAUCACCCAGACAACCAACCGAAAAGACCUUCACGCAAGCCCAUGCAGAAGGCAGGUUCAGAUGCCGGUCAGCAGGUGAGGAGCUGUGGCUGUGAGCAGAGCGACUCCUAUGGCUGCCAGCCGGAAUAAAUGCAGCCCUGAGCACGGCCAACCACAGAUCAUCAUGGACAUCUGCAGAAGACAAGCGACCCAAUUAGAUCUCACUAUGGACAUCUCAGUCCAACAUCCUUCAUCAAAUCAGCCCUCGGUUGAAACGCACUAUGAGUGAGAGAUGCAAAAAUAUGCAAGUGAGAGAGAAAGAAAGAAGUCUAUGUGUGAGAGGAAGACAAAAAUAUGAGUGUGUGUGUGUGUGUGUGUGUGUUUUGUGCACUGACAUGUCACUGGUUAGUGAUAAUCAGAGAUAAUCCGUUGAAAAAAGUGCUGACCCUGAAUGCACAAUGUUUCGUCUUUCGUCACUUAGAAAGGAGCUGCCGGCCACUUUGCAUAAGUGAGCUUCAUCCUUUCAAAAUUACAGCGGGAAAGCAAAGCGUGUUCAGAAUUAUUCUUCUGCAGAGGAAGAUAAUACUUAUUCUGAAUUUCAACUCUUGACUUUUUUUAUUUCCCAUUAUGCUGGGAUGAGAGGUUCUCCAACAGAAAUGAGCUCUUUGAAUGUUUUGUACAGGAUAUGUUUUAGUUACGCG